AUGAAUUCAUCUACAAGUUUAAAAGUGCGUCUGCCGGUGCUUGUUCUGGUGUUUGAGGUUGUUAUGAUCAUUCUUUUUUCUCUUUUUGUAACGUAUGAUGACAAUGCAAAUGCAAGGCUGCAGAACAAUGAGACUAACCCAAUGGAGAACUCUUUUUAUCGAGACUAUCCCUACUUUGCUGACGUACAAGUAAUGAUCUUUGUAGGCUUCGGCUGUCUGCUCGCCUUCUUCCGAUUUUACGGCUUCAGUGGAAUGAUCUUCAAUUUUCUUACAGCUACAUUCGCAAUCCAGUGGGCGAUCGUGAUACAAGGUUUUUUCCAGUUUUACUAUGAUGGCAAAAUUCACCUGGGAGUUGUCAACCUGCUGAAUGCAGAGUUUGCCUGUGCCGUUGUGCUCAUCUCUUUCGGAGCCGUUAUUGGAAAAACAAGUCCUGUUCAGCUGCUGGUUAUGGCUCUGCUGGAAAUCCCUAUGUUUUCUGUGGUAGAGUGGGCUGUAUUGAAGUACAUAAGGAUCAAUGACGCAGGCGGCUCUAUACUUAUUCACUUGUUUGCCUGCUACUUUGGUCUAGGCGUGACAUUUGUGCUGUACCGCCCAAGCCUGAAUAAGGGACAUUCAAAAGAGAUCACCAGUUAUCAAUCGGACAUCCUCUCUGUGAUGGGGACCUUGUUCCUCUGGGUGUUCUGGCCUUCAUUUAACUCUGCUCUGACCCUGAAGGGUGACGAUCAACACAGAGCAGUACUCCACACUUUUAUAGGUCUGAGCUCCUCCACUAUCACUGCCUUUGCUCUCUCUGCGGUGUUCAACAAGAGAGGCAAGCUCACAAUGGCGGACAUUCAGAAUGUGACUCUGGCAGGGGGUGUGACUGUUGGGGCUACUGUGGACAUGAUGAUUUCCCCUGUAGCCGCAUACGUCCUGGGCAUCAUGGGCUGCACCGCCUGUUUCUUUGGAUACAGGUACCUGACCCCCUUUAUGGCUCGACACAUGAGGAUCCAAGACCAGUGUGGCAUUCACAACCUGCACGGACUCACUGGCCUCAUUUCAUCCACAGCAGGGAUCUGUGCCAUCCUCCUCGCUACAGAGGAAACCUACGGGCCAAGCAUGUACCAGAUAUUUUCCCAUCGUGCUCCACCGGCGGGAGACCCAAAGCUCCUGGAGCUGCAGAAGCUGAUUCCCGGGCUGAAGCCGGGCUUGGGACGUACUGCGCAGGAACAAGCCCUCUACCAGGUGGCAGCUAUUUUUGCCACCAUCGCAGCAUCUGCUGUCGGUGGGCUGCUCACUGGUAUGGUCAUAAAGCUGCCCUUCAUGGCUUCCCCUUCCGACAAGGACUGCUUUGAUGAUGAUCUCUUCUUUGACGUGCCGUCUGACUUUGACAACGGACACCAGGCCCUCAUAAGCUAUGAUGAAAAGUUACAAAUGAGUUCUAUUGACACCAAAGAAGUCUCAAAGUCAGUCUAA